UGCAGCUGGUAGCGGGAAAUCGAAACUCAAGCUGUUAAAACCGCUGCCCCUGCCCUUCGGAAUCGCAUCUCGAGACUCGCCAAGCGUCCCAGCCCGCAUCCCUCCCGCAGCGGGCGCCGGGACCCGUGGACUCAGAGCUAUGUUCACCCGCCCUCGGGUGGUGGGCUCCGGGCUCGGCGCCUCUCCCGCCCCCGGCCCGGCCCGGGACCCCCCUGGGCGGCGCCCGGAGCCAGGCAGGCUGCAAGGUCCCAGACGCGGGGUGGAGGCGGCGCCCCAGAUCCCCGCGCAGGAGAGCCCGGGGCUCGCGGGCCAGCGGCUCCCAGAUGCAUAUACUGUUAUAGCACCCAAUGAAAACCGAAGAAAUCAGAUACAAAGGAUUGCUGAGCAAGAGCUACAGAGUCUUGAGAAGUGGAAGGAGCAACAUGCAGCGAAGCCCGUUAACCUGGCGCCAAGGCGGUUAGGUGGAAGCCAAUCAGAGGCUGAAGUCAGGCAGAAACAACAACUCCAACUGAUGCAAUCUAAAUACCAGCAAAAGCUAAAAAGAGAAGAAUCCGUAAGAAUCAGGAAGGAAGCGGAAGAAGCCAAAAUGCAAAAAAUGAAGGCAAUUCAGAGAGAGAAG